AUGGCGAGCAGGGAGGAGCAAGAGGCGGAAGCCCUGCGUAGAUUCCUGGGGAUCGGCCUUGCGGAGACGACCGCAAAGGACAGCGUGAAGAACGCCAAGAAGCGCCAGGCCCUGCUGGAGGUGAUCUCGGAGGCGGGCGUGGAGGAUGGGUGCCCCAAGGCGAUGGGCGCCUUGCUGAACAGCGUCGCGACAAAGUGCCCUGCAAAGGCUUUGGAGCACAGAAAGGUGGUGGCGCGAUACGUCAAAGAGGAGAAAAUCAAGACAAAUGCCCAGCUGGAUGGCGCCCUGGACUACCUGAAGUCUCUGGGGACAGCGUCCCUUGACUUGUCAGAACUGGAGGCUGCAAGCGGCGUUGGCGUUGUGGUAUCUGUUGAGGAGAUCAAGGCAGCAGUGGCACAAAUCAUUCAAGAGAAGAAGGAAACCUUGCUAGAGGAGAGGUACCAGCUUAAUUUGAAUGUGCUUAUCGGUCAGGUAACACGGACCCUUAAGUUCGCAGAUGGGGGCUGUGUUCGGUCAGAAUUUCAGCAACAGGUUGAAGAUCUGCUUGGCCCCAAAACCGAGGAAGAUGUGAAGGCGGCUGGGAUGAAGAAGCCUAAGAAGGCCAAGGCUCCAAAAGAGAAGAGCACGAAUGGCGAGAAGAACAACGAGGACAGCAGCCAAAAAAAUGGCUCCAGCGAAGAAGAGUCAUGGCGCACAGCAGACCCAUUUGCAUUUUUGCCUAAGCCUGAGGACAACCACCAGGUCCACACAACGGUCAAUUUCAGUGAUGGCACGGUGAUGCAUGUGUCCAACACUGAGGAGCAGCUGAGGGCUCAUCUGUCGGAAACUGGUGGCAAAGUCAUCACACGCUUUCCGCCAGAGCCCAAUGGCUACUUGCACAUCGGGCACUGCAAGGCUAUGUUUGUGGACUUUGGAAUGGCGGCACAGUAUGAUGGUCACUGCUUUCUGCGCUUCGACGACACCAAUCCUGAAGCUGAAAAGAUGGAGUACAUUGAACACAUACAGGAGAUCGUUGGAUGGAUGGGUUGGACACCCUGGAAGGUGACUUAUUCCAGUGACUAUUUUGAUCAGCUUUACGAGCUGGCACUGAAGCUUAUCUCAUCUGGGCAUGCUUAUGUCUGCCAUCAGACUGCCGAUGAGAUCAAGGAUUCGCGCCAGGAGCGGCAACCCAGCCCCUGGCGCGACCGGCCAGUCGAGGAGUCGCUGAGGCUCUUCAAGGACAUGAAAAACGGGCUUGUGGAGGAGGGAGCUGCGACUCUGCGCAUGAGAAUGGACCACAAGAAUGAGAACUACAACAUGUUCGACCUGAUAGCUUACCGGGUGAAGUUCGCCCCGCAUCCUCAUGCAGGCGACAAGUGGUGCAUAUACCCCUCCUACGACUACACGCACUGCAUCGUGGACGCCUUGGAGAACAUCAGCCAUUCGCUGUGCACCCUGGAAUUCGAGUCCAGGCGGGCCUCCUACUACUGGCUUCUGGAAGUGUUGGGUCUGUACAAGCCGCACGUGAUGGAGUACUCUCGCCUGAACCUCACCCACAACGUCCUGUCCAAGCGCAAGCUGAAGGCCCUUGUGGACGAGGGCCAUGUCCGGGGCUGGGACGACCCCAGGAUGUAUACCAUCUCGGGCCUCAGGAGGCGGGGCUACACGCCGGCUGCCAUCAACACCUUUAUCCGAGAGAUGGGCAUCACUCGAUCUGACAACGAGGUCCCUGUGCACCGGCUGGAGCACCACGUGCGGAUGGACCUUGAUGCCGCAUCCCCGAGGGUCAUGGCCGUCCUCAGGCCGCUCCAGGUGAUCAUCACUAAUCUGCCUGAUGACCACUAUGAGGAAGUCGUGGCCCAGAGAUUUCCCGGUCGCAAGGGAGAUACCUACAAGGUGCCUUUCAGCAAGAUAGUGUACAUCGAAGCCACGGACUUCAGGGAAGUGGACUCCAAAGACUACUACGGCCUGGCUCCUGGAAAGGCGAUUAUGCUAAGGUAUGCAUACCCCCUGCAAUAUGUUGACCACAAGAAGAACGACGACGGGGUCGUCACCCAGGUGAUGUGCACAUACGACGCGGAGUUCCACAGCGCUCAGAAGAACAAGAAGCCGCCAAAGGGCGUCUUGAAUUGGGUUGGCCAGCCGGCACCGGGAGUGAGGCCCAUGCGCAUCGAAGCCAGGUUGUAUGACGUCCUCUUCAAGGACCCCAGUCCGUCUGAGCUCAGGGACGCCUGGCGCGAUGGCCUCAACGAAGCAUCGGAGGAAACGCUGAAGGGGGCUAUGGGCUGUCCAGAGCUGAGGAAGGCCAAGGUGGGUGACAGGUUUCAGUUCGAGAGGCUGGGAUACUUUUGUGUGGACCGGGACACCAGCGCUGACGUGCUUGUGGUCAACCGGACAGUGACGUUGAGAGAGUCGUUUCCAAAGUUUGGAAAGGCAUGA